AUGGCUCAAUCAUACUCGCCCCAACCAUCGGCUCGCUGGAGCAGCUCUUCCUUCCAACCUCCAGUCGACUCCGAAACACCACCACCCCCUCCCCCAAAGCCGGAUAGUCACGAAGCAAGCCGACGCGGAACACCAUUGACGGGCGGUCUAGCAGCUCCGCCGAGUCAGUCUCAGAUAUCGCACGGCGCAAUACAGAGUCCAAGGAAUUUUCCAAGUGAAUAUAAUCCUGCAGUAAAUCAGGCUACUCAGAGAUAUGGAUCGGAGACACCUCAAGCGCUCGCUGAACCUCCGCGGCUAGAAGACGAAUGGUUACCGGAUAUUGUUAAGAAUAAGACAACGUCAGAACUACAAUCAGUCCUCUCCAACCCAGCCCUUCUCUCUGCGCUAUCAACCUUACACCCCUCCUACCCAGCUUCCCAGCAAGUCCUCCAGUCGCAUCUAGACUCCAACAAAGCACUCGCCCAGCACGUCCUAGAACUCGAGUCGCGAGUCGCAAGCCUCCGCGCAACCACCGAAUCUCUCCUCCUCAACCAUCAAUCCCUCGAAGUAUCAUGGCGAAAGAAACAAACCGAAAUGGAUGCUGCGCUGGAACCUUGGUCCCCGAAAGCGUUGUAUCAACGUCUCACUGCUGCCGUUGCGGAACAGGAGGCGAUUUGUCAUGCGGUUGAAGAAAGUUUUCUUGAGAGCGAUCAUCACAUGAGCCGUGCUUCGGAUAAGGAAGUUACGGAUUGGGUGAGACGGAUUAGGACUGAGGGUGCUAAGCUGGAGUCUAGGAAGGAGGCUAGAGCACGGUGGGAUGAAGGUAGAGUUGGUGGAUGGCGUUGAUACAAACCUGUGUCUUCAUGCUAUUUUCCGAUUUCGAGUAUGAGCAUGCUCGGCAAUGAACAACGUUCGCUGCCCCGAGAACCACAAGCCAUCUCACAUUUAUCGUCUCAAGUCUAUGGAACAAGGCUUCGUUCCGCGUGUGGAGUCUUACCAAAUGGAUUGGUUCCAGAAGAACAACUCCAGUACUAACGUCUGCUGAGAGGCAGUUCAUGCAGCUUUGACGCCGGCCUGUUGAUUCAGAAGCAGGGCCGGUUUCAGGAACGCAUAUGAAGGUGGCAAGGGAUGGUCCAAAGUCCAUAAGCGACCACCAAACUCCAUACGCAGAACUAUCCGAGUGUGACGACAUGCAUGUAUAUAGAAGUCUCAUAAUCACUCAUGAAAUCCACUCAUCAAUUCGUAGCUAUCUAUUCGCCAUUCAUUUUUACGCCUAUACCGCAUAGCUACAGGUAGUUUGCCAGACUUUAAACAGAAUUCUUGCCAUCCAGGUCACCGAAGAAUUCCAUGCCAAAGUCAGCACUGCUAUCGUUGAACCGCAACUUCUUAUCGAUGCUCUUAAUCUUCUUCAUAUCCUCAUCGCUGAGCUUAAAGUCACCCUGCAAGUUAUCCUGAAUACGCUUUGGAGUCUUGGACUUUGGUAGGACCGAAUGGCCUUGAGUAAUGCCCCAAGCUGUGAAUAAUCAGUUAUUGGGCCUUUCAUUUACAU